AUUCUCCUUAACCUUUCAGCAAAUUCUUCACUACUAGUGCAGGUUCUCCAAUGGAAAAUUCGACGGUGGUUCUCCCAACAAGAGCUCUUAAACCAGAUGGGAUUGCCUCGGGCAGGGUCAGUGCCUCCAACCAGCACUUUGUUCAUCUUAUGCCCAGGAUUCCACGAAAUCAGAAGUCACGACCGUUUGUGGCUAGGGAUAUGCAGGGGCGCCGCAUUUAUCACCUUGAGUACAAGAGGCGGAUGGUGGGGCUCCGUCGGAAGCAAACAAUUACUGGUUUAAGACGCUUCUUUCGAGAGCAUGGUUUGCAACCUGGGGAUCGAAUUACUUUGUACAAGGAGGAGGGCAACGAGAUGAUAUUGAUGGGACAACUCAUCUCUCCACUCUAUGUGAUCCACUUUGAGAGGCUUAACGAAGUUGCAGCCGGUGAAGAUCCCGCUCCGUUGCGGGCUGGUGAUGAUCAUGCUCCUUGAGGAUUAACGAAGGUGUUUUCUGGUAGAUGUUUUUUUUUUCUUUUUUUUUUCUUUUUUGGUUUUUUUCACGCCUUGCUGUUGUGGUUUUUCAAUAAAUGUAAUUCUCUGGCCUAAGACGCUUCUUUCAAGAGCAUGGCUUGCAAUCUGGGGAUCUAAUAACUUUGUACAAGGAGG